UGGGUCAAUGAGCUGCCGGCGCCCGCUUGUGGAUUGUGUCACCAUGUCCCUUCUGGUAUUUGCUUGCUCCUGCACGAUCGGACGCUCUUCAAUCGUUUCUCGCAGCGACAGGGUGCCGAUUGGCCGUGGGAGACUCCCACGUGCUUGCGGGGUGUGUGGGACACGGUCAACAGGUGUGACAACGGCGCCGCGCAUUCCCAUUGGGAGGAGAGGCUCUUAGGUGCAUACUUAGGGAGGUCGAUAGUUGACAUCAGGAGAUUCGCAUGUCCGAGUCGUUGCGCGUACUCCGUACAGUACCGCCGGUUCAGUAUCAAUGUGAGGUUGCACUCCAAGGUGGUAGAGAAUUAGCGACCCUCAAACCAAACCACAAGGUUGCAUUGAGUUUGUGGGCAGGGAUCGAUGCGUUGCACUGUCGUCACUGGAACAUAGUGUGAUCGACAGCUCCAAAAACCAUGACCUCGUCAAGUCAAGGAUGACCCAAGGCUGGGAAGGCUGGGAGGGCUGGGAUGCCCGGGCUGCCAGAUGCCCACCUCCAGCACUAGUCAGGGUGAGAGCAAACGGAGGAAUAUGUAUGUCGAAUGAUAGCGAAUG